UAGGUUGUCGUUGAGAAUUGGAGAUUUGAGACUAGAAAGCAGAGAGACUUUCCUCUGGUGCGCGAAAUCGAGAGUUUGUCUUCUCUAUUAUUCACGUACACCCUGUUCCUCUCUCUCUCUCAUCGUUAUUUUUUUUUAUUUCUCUCUUUCUCUCUCUUUCUGUGUAUACUUAUAUUUAGGGGACUUGUAUAGUUUUAUGUCUAAUGUGCAUCGGCAAGGGAUUUUGCAGCUCGAUCUGUAAGUUGUUUUAAUCAAUUUUUUUUGCACGAAUUUUCGGUUGAAUUUUUUCAUCUCAUGCAUUGAAUUACAGCAGAAAUUUGGGGUGAAUUUGAAAGCCCUAGAUCUUACUUGAUUCGCAGUUUGAUUGGAUCGAGUAGGGCGAUUUUGGUUUGACGAAGUGGGUUUUGUAAUUGGAUCUGGAAAAAUUACUAGCUACAAUUUGAUAGGGUUUUAAUUUUGGUAGCGGUGAAUUUCUUUUUAUUGUUUUAGUGAGAAGUAUUCUCUACGGUUUGAGUUGAUGGCUUCGAAUCCUCCAUUCCAAGUGGAGGAUCAGACUGAUGAGGAUUUCUUUGAUAAGUUGGUGAACGAUGAUGACGAUGACGUUGAUCUUAAGGUCACUGCCACGUCAUCGUUGGCUUCCACGGCCUCAGGGCCUGUUUUCACAGAUGGGGAUGAGUCUGACGAGGUUAAGGGCUUUGCGAAUUUGAGUCUAAAUGAGGCAGAUGAUAGUGAUAAGAAUGAUAAAAAGAUGGGAAUAGAUGAUUUGGGUGGGAAAUUAGAGAUUGAGCCGAAUGGCGUGGUUAAUGAAGUUGUUGAGAUUGAUGCUAAAGGGGUCGUAGCGGUGGAGGGUGUAGUGGAGGAGAGUAAUGGUGUUUUGGAAUCAUCGAGUUCAUUUGAGUUUGCAGGUGUAGUUGAGGAAAAUAAUGAAAAUGUAGGUACUGAGGUUUUGUCUGAUGCGACCACCUCUAGUAAGAGUGGCGGAUCUGGAGCUUUGGGUGUGAAGGAGGUGCAAUGGAGUGCCUUUAAUACCAAACAGGCUCAGAAUGAUAGUAAUGGGUUUGGAUCCUACUCAGAUUUUUUCACCGAGUUGGGAGAGAAUGCUGGCGAUUCAAGUGCCAAUAUGGUGAACAAUUUUGAUAAUGAGAUAAAGGGUAUAUCUGCCAAUGAAAAACAUGAAUCUGCAUAUUUGGAUAGCUCAAAUUAUGGGGAUUUUCAAGAUAGUUAUAAUUAUGGUACAGCUGCACAUAAAAGUAUAGAGGGGCAGGAUCUAAAUAGCAGUCAAUACUGGGAAAACCAAUAUCCUGGGUGGAAGUUUGAUCCAACUACUGGUCAGUGGUAUCAGGUGGAUGGCUACAGUGCGGGUGUAAAUAUGCAGGGAACUGCAGACUCUAACCCAGCUGGUGAUUGGACUGCUUUUGAUGGAAAGGCUGAGGUUUCUUACUUGCAGAACACUGCUCAGUCUGUUGCUGGAACGGUAGCUGAGAGUGGUACGACUGAGAGCGUCACUAACUGGAAUCAAACAUCAUAUCUCAAUGAUGCUACUGGGGCUGAAUCAAAUUGGAAUCAGGUGUCUCACGUGAGCAGUACGGGUGGAACUACAUCAGAGUGGAAUCAAGGAUCACAAGUAAAAAACGAGUACCCAUCACAUAUGGUGUUUGAUCCUCAAUACCCUGGUUGGUACUAUGAUACAAAUGCCCAAGAGUGGCGAUUGUUGGAUGCAUAUGUUUCAUCUUCUCAAUCAACUACUGGAGCUCAAGAUCAGCAUAAGCAGAAUGUGUCUAUGACAGAUACUCUCUCUCAGUACGACGAUCAGAAGACAUUUGAUACAUAUAAACAGAAUGUCUCUAUGACAGAUACUUUCUCUCAGUAUGACAAUCAGAAGACAUUUGAUACAUAUAAGCAAAACCUGAAUUAUACUUCAGAAGGAUUUGCUGCCCAAAGCCAAGAUUACAACUGGGCUGGAUCAUUUGGUCAUUUCAACCAUCAAAAUUCAAAUAUGUGGCAGCAUGGAACUGCUGUUAAUCCUGAAUCCAGUACAGGUUAUGGGCAAAACCAACAAUUGAAGAACCAUUAUGGCGCAAAUGUUUUGGGAAACAACCGUGUUAAUCAACAGAACUCUAGCAAUUAUGGGGGAACAAUUCCUUAUCAUGAGAGAGGAAGUCAAAGUCAGAAAGAGUUUUCAGCAGUUGGUGGCUCAAAAAACUUUGGUCAUGCGCCUAAUUUUAGUCAGCAAUUUUAUCAGCCAAGUAUUGAGCAAAGUGAACAGAAGCAUGUCUCUGAUGAGUAUUUUGCCAAUCAGAAUUCAGUUAAUUUCCCCCAGCAACAGUUUAACGGUACCCAUCAAUUCUCUUAUGCUCCGACUGCUGGAAGGUCAUCUGCUGGCCGUCCUCCACAUGCAUUGGUUACUUUUGGUUUUGGCGGGAAACUUAUUGUGACAAAAGGAACUGAUUCUAUUGGAGGCUCAUCUUAUGGAAGCCAGAAUCCUGUAGGAAGCUCCAUAUCCAUUCUUAACUUGAUGGAAGUAGUAAAUGAGAAAGAUGGUGCUUCAGCCCGUGGAUUUGGUGUUUCUGAUUACUUUCGUUCUCUCUGUCAACACUCCAUCUCUGGUCCACUUCAUGGUGGGGGUGGUGGUAUCAAGGAGUUAAACAAAUGGAUUGAUGAGAGAGUUGGGAUCUCUGAUGCUUCUGAUUUGGACUCCAAAAAAGGGGAAGCUUUGAGGCUGCUUCUGUCUUUGCUAAAGAUUGCCUGUCAGCAUUAUGGAAAACUACGUUCUCCUUUUGGUGCCGAUACAUUGUCAAAGGAGAAUGAUACUCCAGAAGCAGCAGUUGCAAACCUUUUUGCAUCUGCCAAAAAGCUCGGUGCUCAAUUCAGUAAUUAUGGUGCGAUUGCCCAUUGCUUGCAAAAUUUGCCUUCCGAAGGGCAAAUGCGGCCCACUGCUUCUGAGGUUCAAAGUCUCUUGGUUUCUGGGAGAAAAAAAGAGGCCCUGAUUGAGUUUGUGUUUGAGUUUCAGUGCAGAGAUGAAUUUCCAGUCAUGGUAGCUUAG